UUUCUCUCAUUACACACUCACAAGCAGAAGAAGAGAUUUUGUCAACAGUGUAGGGAGUCAUUCUCGUAUAUGUAAUUGAGCAAGAUUAGUUCCUAAUACAAAGAUGGUGCUGUCCUCCUCACAGCAGCUCGUCAUGGCGUUCACUGCGGUGCUGCUGGUGUUCGUGCUGUUUCCGCGCAUGUUCAGCGGCGGCGGCGGCAGCAGAGACGGGCAGGCGUUCGAGCCGCGGAGCAGCAAGAGAGGUCCUGGUCCCGGUGUCGGUCCUGGUAGCGUGAAAAGUCACCCACAGUUCCACAUGAACGCAGCACCUCAGCUGUCCCAGGGUGUGGAGAACAUGCAUCAGAUGAAGAAACUCAUGGAGCAGGAGCUGAAGAGCGACAAAUUCAAAUCCAGCAGCAACAAUAAGGGCUACGUCUUCACUCUCAUGCCCAUCUAUGCCAUCGGAGUCGGGCUCUUUGCCGCUUAUAAGUUUCUAAAGAUAAAGUCUGCAAGUGAUUCUGAAGCUCAGAAAGCCAAAACGGCUCGAGGAGUGAAGAAAUCCGAGGAGACAGAGAAUCAGCUGAAUGAGCUGGAGCAGAGGUUGGCUCAGACCGAGAAGAUGCUCAACUCCAUACUGACCCAGCUGGACCCGCUUACAAACUGCGUGAAGUCUGUUGCCAUGGAGCAGAAGAACGAGAUAAUGUCGCAGCUGCAGUGCAUUCGGCAGCUAAUGAAGAAGAGAGGCAUGGAGUGUCCAAACAUCAGGAUAGAAGAGCCGACAUGUGAACGCAAUCUAGACAGACUCAUCGAGACUUUGGCUGCAGCAGAAAAGCUUCCAGAAACUCGUCUGGAAUCGCAAACACCCGAUGAAACGCAGCCACACGAUCACCGAGCGCUCAGACCUGAUUCUGAGGAAGAGCUGGAGGAAGAUGAAGAUGAGGAGAACAAACACACAGCGGGAGAGGAAGAUGUGGGAAGUGAGAGUGACUCUAGUAUACCCUCCCUCGAGGAUUCGGGCGACAUCGGUGUAGAUGAUGUUACCGUCGCUCAGAAACUUCCAGAAGAUCUGACAGGAGGAUUACGAAGACGCAACAGGCUCGAGUAACUGGGACGAUAAUCAGACAGAAAUCUAUUUAUAUAUUUAUUUAUUUAAUUCCUUAUGAUGAAGCGAACGCUACUCAUUGGUUCCAAGUCUACAUAUUUGACUGCAUUUAUAAUUAAAAUGAAAACAAAAAAUACACCAUGUUUACUUUCUUAAUACACUAUCAUUCAAAAGCCAAGGCUGCAUUUAUUUGUUACAGUAAAAACGAUAAUGUUGUGAAAUAUUAUUACAAUUUAA